AUGAUAACAAAAUUGUUUUGCAAUGUUCACGAUUCACGAUUAACCCGAUGUCAAGGUUGUCAGUUUAGAAAAGGUUAGGUUUAUUUGUAUUUCAAAAUAAAUGUUAGGUUAUAGACACCGUAAUUGCAUUUAAUUUAAUAAUUUAAUUUGUACUAUGUAGAGUACAAUACAUAACAUUCAAUUUAAUGUUAUAUUUAAGAAAUAAUUUGCAUAAUUUUUUGUAUUAAUUGCACAGCAAUAAAUUUUAUAAAAAAUACUUUAUAUUGUUUUAUAUUUCAAUGUUCAAAUAUAUAUCACUGAUUUAUUAAAAUGGAUGAUGCAGAAGUAAUAGAGCACUUUUUUGGAGUAUAUUUACUCUAUAGUAUGAAUCCUAAGUAUAAAGGAAGGACAUACAUAGGAUAUACUGUUAAUCCUAAUCGUAGACUUAAACAACACAAUCGUGGUAAAGAUGUUGGUGGUGCUUGGAAAACAAAUAAUAGAGGACCAUGGAAAAUGGUAUUGAUUGUUCAUGGUUUUCCAAAUAGUACAGCGGCACUCAGGUUCGAAUGGGCUUGGCAACAUCCUCAUGUUAGUCGCCGUCUCAAACAUGUACCCCGAAAACGAUCACAACAAAAAGUAUUUGAGUUUUGUCUAAUGAUUUUGUCAGAAAUGUUGAAAGUUGGUCCUUGGUGUGGCUUGCCUUUGACAAUUCGUUGGUUGGAUUAUGAGUUUUUUGAAAACCAUUCUAGUUCUAUCACAGCUCCAAUGCAUAUGCCCAUAUGCUGUGGGAAAAUAAUUUCUCAAAAGAUACAAACAAAAGCACAAAAUGGUGCUAAUAAUGGUUCAGAAAAUUUAGAUUUAGAUAACUGCACUACAUUUUGUUCUGUAUGUGGUUUAUUGGUAAAAGGAAAAGAAUCAGUCCACUGUGUAAAACCCAGUUGUCAGCUAGUAGCGCAUUUAAUUUGUUUAGCAAAUUUGUUUUGCAAGGAUGGCAUGCUUUUACCAGUAGAUGGGACUUGUCCAUCUUGCCAUACUAAUGUUUUGUGGGGUGAUUUAAUUAGGAAAAAAUUUGGUUGUUAUGGGGACUUGAAAGAAGUCAAUGAUGAUGAUGAUCAUGUAUAAUCUCAAUGAUGUAAAAGACGUAAAUUAUUAAUUUUUUUGCUAUAUAAAGUAAUUAUAAAACUAGAAAAUUAUAGUGAUUAUCAAUGGA